CUUUAAAUUAACUACUUUGUGAUGUUUGUAACUCCUAUAACGAGUGAAAAGAUGACCGGAGAAAUAUAACAGGCUAAACUAACGCUUGGAACAGGAGAGGGUCGGUGUCUUCCACGCGCGUUACGCAGCAAGAAAAGACUUGCUAGCUAAAGGUUUUUUUCAUUUGUAGGGCCUGUGAACGAGCAAUCGAGCCCGUUGGAAUCGUCAUCACGUAAAGGCAUCCAGGGGAAGACGUAAGAAGUGUCCGUAUAGUCAUAGCAACGACAGUGCCCGUUUAAAUGACUUCAGAAAAGUGGCCAACGUUUCUCAAAUCUGACUCCAUGUCAGGGAAAUUGCUGUAGAAUGGGCUCUGUUCCACUUAGAGACAAAAUUUCAACUCCUAUAGAAACUAUAGACUGUUUUCUAUCCAAUAAUAAUAAUAAUAUGCAUAUUGUACGAUCAAGGAUUUUGUGGGAAGCCGUUUAAAAAAUUAGCCACAUUAGCAUAAAUAGUCUAAACAGCGCCCCCAUCCCCAACAGGUUAAAGUAAUGAGAAAAAAAUUGAAUUUGAAUUUCACUUCACUUCCUGUAUUGACUGAAAUUAAUUUGAAUUGACCCCGACCCAGAAUAACAAUGUGUCAAUGUAAUUCGUUUGACAUUUUAAUGUUUGUCCAUCGCCUCUCUCCGUCAGUGCCCGAGGGCUCUCUAUCGGACACAGAAGGAGGCCUGGGGGACGAAGGUGGUGGUGGAGGAGGAAGAGGAGGAGUAGGAGGAGGGCUGGUCGAGAGGGACGAGGGCGAGGAGUCACAGCUGAGGCUGCAGCUGAAGAGGAAGCUACAGAGAAACAGGAUCAGCUUCACUCAAGAGCAGAUUGAGGCGCUGGAGAAAGAGUUCGAAAGAACACAUUACCCAGACGUCUUCGCGCGAGAGAGAUUAGCCAACAAGAUUGACCUUCCAGAGGCACGGAUACAGGUGUGGUUCUCCAACCGAAGAGCCAAGUGGAGGAGAGAGGAAAAGCUUCGCAACCAGAGGAGGUCAGGGGGUGGUACUUCCUGUUCUCACGCCCCCCUAAGCACUUCCUUCAACACCUCUGUCUAUCACCAUCAACAUGGCAGCAGUUUAGGAUCUAUGCUGAUUCAGAGCGUGUCUACCCUGCCCAGCUACAGCUCUCUGUCCGUCCUCUCCACUGGAGUCCAGAAAUUUGACUCUUCAGAGUACCCAUCCCAUAUGCCUCCACCGUCCUCUGCCUACUCAAACACUGGACUCGUUUCUCCCGGGGUUUCGGUACCGGUGCAGCUUCCUGGGAACGAGCAGCGCAUGGGCCAGAACCUCGGUCAGUACUGGGUCAGACUACAGUGAGAGAGAGGGAACGAGAAUCGACUGAGGGGACCAUCAAUAAAACAAAGGCAUACUAUGAAAAGGGAGGAUAAAACAAGGACACUAGAUAAGAGACAUACAGCUCCUUUGACUUGGUUUGAGUUGGUUUGGCUUGAGGGAGAUCCCAAUAUGCAUUAAAUGUUUACAAAUGUGCUGCCAAAAUACUUUAUUUUUUUUACAACGGGAAGCAUAAAAACUCAUUGAUAUGGCAUGGCUAGUUGUUCCGUAAGCAUCAGUGGUGAGAGGCUGUAUAUACUGUGAAGAUACAUUUUUUGACUCGAUUAUCUUAAAACAUUCACCUUUUACAAACAUGUUUGAAGCCUAUCAGCAAUCAGCCAAACAUAAUAUUUUGUGGUGAAACAAAUGUUCCGAAACAAUUCAAUUCUAAUGUAGGCACAAGUCAGGGUUGGAGUCAAUUCUAUUUCAUUUCCACCCAAUUCAGAAAGUAAACCAAAUUCAAAUUCCAAAUGUUCCUAAUUUCAAAAGCAUUGAAGAGAAUCAGAAUUGGAAUUACAGUGUACUUCCCGAUUUGACUGGAAUUGAAAUGGAGUUGACCCUUGGAGACAGUAUUGAUGUAUAACAAUACAGUUAUAGAGAAUAUCACAUGUAUGGAAGGAAGAAUGCAGCCCAUUUUAGAACAACAAUCACCCUCAGAUUUUGUAACAAAGACUUCAAUGACAGAGCCAUCAGUUUACAUAUUCAUCAGCCAAUGACAAUCAAGUAUCAUCAGCCACCAUGCAAUAAGAGUUGAGGUUCAGGUUAGCAACCAAUCAAAAGCAAAGACCUUAGCAAAUGACAAUCAAGAAGAGCCAAUGAUUAACCACUAAGGCCGGGAUUUAAUCCGAACUUGCUUUGACGACAAUACACCCCAUUUAAAGGUAAUUUCUGAUUGAGCAGACAUAUGCAGAGUGAAAGCGGUCUCCCUGAAAGCGGGAACGUUGCCUUUAAAAGGUGCAUUGUCGACAAAACGUGAUCGGAUUGAAUCCCGGACUAACUAAAACUACAAAAGCAACAAUAUUAUCAAGAGCAAUGGAUCAAUGACCAACUGAGCGUGACCAAAUAUUACAUAGCACUCAAUCAAUCAUUCAUAAACAUAAAUCAAACAUUGUAACAUAUUGUUGAUUUUAUGACUACACUGUAUACUUAUUUUUGUAUAGACAUCACCGUUGCUUCUCUCUUUAAUGAACUGUAAUUUAUUUGUCUAUUUUUCAUUUCACAUUUGUCACAUGACCCCUGUGUGUUUUUUUUAAUCGUUGAGGGACUUUGCUGUGUUAGCACUAUGUAUACGAAAAGUAAUCCCUUUUGUGAAGGCAUUUGAGCCGUUUAAUGAAUUAAAACUAUGUGGAAUGAGAAACUUAGUUAAACUUUUAUUUUGGAGUUGAUAUCUACAGAAGGCCGGGGUUCAAUCAAAUCCGCCAUAGCAAAUUUUGCAAUGUCUUAGAUUUGAAACUUCACACCAGGCUACCUGCGAGAGGAAGCUACCUGAUAAUAGUUGUAGGUCUUUUAGAGUACCAAGACCAGUAACCAAUACCUUUUUCUUAAUGCUAUUUUAAAUGUGGAAAUGAUACUGCAGCAUAUUUUCCAUAAGGGGACCAGAAAGUCAGUAGGGUAUUGGAUUUUUUUAACCAUAGGUAAAAGAGCUACUGCAUAAAUACCACAAUGUGUGUUUGAUUGAUUUGAGACUAGCCUACUUCUGUUUGUGUGCCUCAUUUAUCUUGUGCUGGACCAAUUUGUCCUCCAUCUCUACCUCGGGAAACCUUGUAAUUCAAACCCCAGACUAAUAUAACUGGGUUGGAACCAAAGUGUUGGUCGGUGUUUCAUGUGGGACCGUAAUUCAUGUUGGAAGGUAUAAAACAAAGAUGAUCUAUUAUAUUGAUAACGUAGUCGAGUGACCGCUUUACCAAUGGAAAUACAUGUCUUUAAAAAUGGAAGGCAGGCAGGAGGCAGAUCAGGUGGGACCAAUCUUGCCAAUGAGAAGGCAGCAUGCAUGUGAACAACAGGCAAAAAUAAUAUUUUUCCAAAGAUGCCGAAAUGUCCACCUACACUUAAUAUACAAAAUAUUUAGAACAGCUGCUAUUUCAAAGACAUAAACUGACCAGGUGAAUCCAGGUGACAGCUAUGAUCCCUUAUUGAUGUCACUUGUUAAAUCCACUUCAAUCAGUGUAGAUGAAGGGGAGGAGAUAGGUUAAAGAAGGAUUUUUAAACCUUGAGACAAUUGAAACAUGGAUUGUGUAUGUGUGCCAUUCAGAGGGUGAAUGGGCAAGAAAGAAACUGUAAGUACCUUUGAACGGGGUAUGGUAGUAGGUGUCUCCAAUGUAGAAACUAGUACAAAUAAAG